CACCUGAAUGAGACCAAUCUCACUGAGCUGAAGGUGGCUCUGGAUGGGGUCCUGCAGAAAGGAGAGACUAUCAAGAUGGAGACCAAGUCUAAUCCAUCGACGUUCGGAGGAAUGAUUGUCAGCAUUGGCGACAAAUACAUGAACAUGUCAACAAAAAAAAAACGAAAAUUCAGAAACUCACCAGGAUCAUCAGGGAUCUUUAAAUGUUUUGGACUUAAGCAAGCGUUGGGGGGAAAUGGGUAGACUGCAAGUGAUUUAUAUGUAUAUUGCCACGCUGCUUCAUAAUGGGGCUGUAAAUUAACAGAUUAUUCAUAGAGCUUCUUGAUAGACACAGUUCUUUUUUUAGCCUCAUGUCUACCUACAAAAUGUGUAGCUUGAGGUGCACACAAAUAGGAUGAACAAAUGACAAACCCCAGGCUUUUACAAAUAACCAUAAAGGUAUGGAAGAAAAUGUUUAUUUGAAAAAGGCUCAUCCUUUUAUCUUUAGCUAGAAGUACACACUAGCAGAAGGGCUGAAUUUCUCUGGACUUUUUAUGACAACAUUGUAAGGGCUUUCUUUUUUUUUUUUAAACAUAUAAACAAACGGGUAGUAUUACAACAUACAUUGAUGACAAAAUCACGCAUUUACAACUGAUAACUACAUUGCUGUAACCUCAUAUUUGGGAAACAUUAAAUAUAUAUAAAGCUAUAGAUUACAUUUAUAUAAGCUCCUAAAUAAUUGAGGAGAUAACGCAUCCUACGUAAUUUACUCUAAGGUGCGUUCGAAUAGUUCGCUUAUUACCUAGCCUCAAGAGUAUCAAAUGAUCUGUAGUGCCUUUGUCUGAAUGGCGAUACAUGGCUUUUUAUUGUCCACAGAAGCCUAUUACGUUUUCGCUGGGCACCUAAUCAAGAACAGACGAAUUUCCUUGUAGAAGCUGGCGCAUGCGCGCGAACCCAUCGUACAAUAUUACAUUUUUUUUUACGAAAAUGGCUGCCCCUCAGAUUUAAACCUCACUGCUACAGGACAGAAAUAUCCACAAUACGAGCCAUACGAAGAGCAAUCGGUUGACGGAUAGCUUUUUGAAGGUAUCAGGAUGGCGUAAUGCUGGCGUAAAUAAGAAUAUGCUUUGGUUUCAAGGAUGGAAGAUAUAUUUGUUUCAUAUUUAACCCGUUGCAUUCCAUGAUCCUAUCCGCGUACCGUUGAGAAAAUGAUGCACCAAGUUGCCAACAACAACAAUGACUAUGGUCUGGGCAGCCUGUCUGAGGAGGGCCAGCACUCUGCCAACCACUUCGAACUGUGCAGCUCGCAAAGCAAACAGUUCUACCCCUCUGUCCCGCCGCCCUCGUCCGCCCUGCAGCUGCCCCUCGGCGGCCUGCCCCCUCUGCCGCAAAGCAUGCUUAAGCCCAUGCCAUGCCAGAUGCAAGACAACCCCAACGACUUCCACCCGCAGUCGGUGAGGAUGAGGAGCACCGAGGCACCGGAGAGCUCCAAGAAGAAGAAGGGCCUAGGCAAGUCUGGACGGAGGGGGAGGCCCUCGGGCACCACCAAGUCCGCAGGCUACCGAACGAGCACGGGGCGACCGCCUGGCACAACCAGGGCGGCCGGCUUCAAGACCAGCCCGGGGAGGCCGCUUGGCACCACCAAAGCCGCAGGUUACAAGGUCAGCCCUGGCCGCCCCCCCGGGAGCAUAAAGACUCUAGCCCGGCUCAAUAAACUAGAAUACGGUACGAGCAAUGGAGCCCCGUUCAACUACGCCAUGAUGCAGAAGAGAGCGCUGAGCGAGGCGGGCGUCAAAGACAAAGACAAUAACGAUCAGAGAUGUGCACAGGUCUUUGAGCUCGAGUCUGGGUCGAGUUUGAAGUCCCUGAGCUCGAGUCCUAGUCAAGUGUCGAGCCUCUGAGUGAUGAGUCCUGAGUCAAGUCUUAAGUGUUUGAUAACAAGUCUGAGUCGAGUCUUGAAGUUUUUUUCUAUUUAUUCAAAAUGAGGGAAGGAUAGAGAGACAGAGAGGGAGGAGGAGAGGAUACGUGGGAGUGCAUGUCCAAAGUUCUGGUGCUGAGAGUGUCUUUGAGACGCUUGUACAUCCAAAAUCUAAGGCGGGGAGUCUGAAAGGGGACUGCUUUUUGAUACCUACACUAACACUAUGUAUGCCUCGUUGUAAUAUCAUUACGAUCCUUUUGUCCAUCCUUAUCCAAAGAACAUAACCAUGCUCUAUUAUCUCAACAUAUAUGUUAUAUUGCUGUACAAAUGUGCAUGAUGGUAGCCUUGUCGAAUGGAUCAUUCACUUUUUCUGAACAUGAUGAUGGUAAGUAAUUUCAGUUCAUUCCUAUUGACUGAGUGGAGAUGGAGAUGGAUUCAAUCAUUUAUGCCGUACUCCUUUUGUUUAUUCAACCCACAGUAUGCUUUAAUGCACUGUGCUAUCUCCACGCACUCCUACCUGCAACCUAAGCUACAUGCGACUCUCAUCCUGAGCUUCUGCAAGUCACAAGCAAGUCACAUUUGAAUGGAACAAAAGACAUCUACAUAUAUUAAUCUCUUCUUUUCCCUAAGUGUUUGUGACAUGUGUUGUGUUGUUAUGUGAUGUCCUUAUAUUACACUAUGCUUUAUAUUGAUUUGUAUACAACCGUGGUUUGUUCUUAUUUGGGGAUUUAAUUCCUGAGGAGGAUUUUUUAAAAGCUGCAAUUUUUGAAAUAAUAAACAUAUACUGCUUUAAUUGGGAUGAAAGCAAAGAUAGGUGUUGAACAAUGUUGUAUUUCUAAUAGUAUGUACAUAUGAAUGUUUUGUCUAAGUUAUACUUUGUGAUUUGGUCUCUGCAGUGUACUCACUAUCUACUGUUGAUCAAACAUGGUAUGCCAAGUUUGUGACUUCACUGUUGGUUCAUUCUCUUUUUUUAAUCUUAUGAUCAAACAGCUAAAUGUGUCAUGACACAGAUACAUAUGAAUAGCCAGUAAUAAAUAAAUAUCACUCGAAUACCCUAA